CAACAUAGGGACAACAUGGCGGCGGCCACAAGGCUCAUAUCAAGGUUGACACUGGUCACUGGAGGAGGCAGUGGGAUUGGGCGGGCAGUGUGUCAGCGUUUUGCCUCUGAGGGCGCCUCCGUGGUGGUGGCCGACAUCAGCGAGGAGUCGGCCAAUGAGACCAUGGUGAACCUGCAGAACGACCUCAGAGGACAGGGUCACAUGACAGCUGUGGUGGAUGUGUCAUCAAAAGAGAGCGUGAAGAAGCUGGUCACGAGUAUUCAGACUCACUACUUUCAGCCGCCCUCAGUGUGUGUGAACGCAGCAGGCAUCACUCAGGAUGACUUCCUGCUCAACAUGGAGGAGGAUCACUUUGACAGAGUCAUCCAGGUCAAUCUGAAGGGCUCCUUCUUGGUGACUCAGGCUGUCGCUCAGGCUCUGGUGGCCUGUGGAGCACCUAAAGGAUCCAUCAUCACUGUGGGCAGCAUUGUGGGAAAGGUGGGAAACCUUGGACAGGCGAAUUAUGCUGCUUCUAAAGCUGGAGUGGAGGGUCUUACCAGGACAGCGGCCAAAGAGCUCAGCAGGUUUGGGAUUCGGUGUAAUUGUGUUCUUCCGGGUUUUAUAACGACUCCGAUGACAGAGAAAGUUCCAGAGAAGGUUAUAAGCAAGAUGAAGUCUUUGGUGCCUCUAGGAAGAAUGGGUGAGCCUGCAGAGGUGGCGGACGUCUGUGCCUUUCUAGCCUCAGAUGACUCUCGAUACAUCACAGGAGCCAGCGUUGAAGUCACAGGUGGCCUUUUUAUUGGCUGAAUCAUCCGACUGAUGAAGACCAACAGAAGGCCAGCUCCUUCAUAGUUUUUGGUUGUUAAAAUACUGAUUUUAUAUCAUGUAUGCUGCUGAUAACAUCUUCUAAAUAUGAUCAUCAACAUGUACUGUAAAUUUUAAAGCCAUUUUUUGCCAAUAAACCAGUUUGUAUUUCUGUA